GGGUCAAAUGCAUGUAUAUGUAUAUGACAAUAAAAAUGGUUUCUUCUUUCUUUUUCUUCUUAUACAUUUUAUUUGCCAACUGCAUUUUGCAAGUCUGUGCAUGCAGACAUAUCCUUGCCAGUUCACUUCACAAUCUGCACGGUUAAAUACUUUGAUGCGAGUGAUUGGCUGUGCACUCCAAUACCUAUCCUACCAUACUAUUUAGUGAGCCAGAAAAUAGAUCUAGGUUGCGUCCCCAAUUCCGUACUAACUUCUAUUUAGUAUGCUAAAACAGUGAGAUUUUUUUAGUUUUUCCGAAAACUUAGUAUAAUAUUAACUAUGCGCAUUGCAUACUUUUUCCAGUGAAAUAUUACAAAAUGCAAACACUGGACACUGGGCCACCAUAAAUAUUCCACAAUGCUAUUUGAUAGUGACGACAAGUUCAUAAUAGACAGUGGUGGACAGCUCUGUCACGUCAAUGACGCUACAAUUGAAGUGUAAGUACAAAUUUCACUUUGCGAGGCAUAAUACACAUUCUUUAAUAAGCUCAAUAGUGUGUUCCAAUUGAAUGCAUACUGCAUGCAACUUACUUUGUAAGAGCAGCUGCAGUAUGUACUUAAAGAAAAAGAAAUGAAAUUGUUCACAGUCUGUCGCAAAAGAAGCAGACUAGCUGCAAGGGAGUGAGGGUGGAAGUUCCCGCUUGUGACCAAUCACUGUUGUCAAAAAGAGUUGAGAUCCCAGGAAGGCUGCCUUAAGUGAUGAAAUACAUGUUCGGAAGAUGAAUCAGGCUAAAGGGACACAAAAGCGUAUACUUAUAGUUUAAAGGAUGAAAUCUAUUAAUCAUUUUAAAACAAAUGUGUAUUACAUAAAUAUGAAGUGAUUUAACAAAUGUAAACUGAUUAUAAUAAUGUAUGUGUAGAAACUUGAGUACAGUCCGUGUGUGUAGUAAGAACUGAUGUAGGGGAAGUACAACUGGGUGUGGGACACACACUCGGAGCAUUGAGGAAGUUAGCAGAACCAGGAGUUUCCAGAGUUUCCUCACAGAACACCAGCUUGCCAAUCUUUUAAUAGAGAGCUGAGUAAGCAGUUCGCCCUGUAUCGGGCCGUGAACCCCCGGAUCUAACACUGUAUUCUGAAUUGCAUUAUUUAUUCAAAUGAAUUAUCUUGUAACUUUACACAUUUGUCUAUCUCCCUGAUGUGUCCAUCUGCUUCACUACAUAAUCCGAAAUGUUUUUACUUUUUUUAUAUGGUGGUGCAGAUGGAUGUCAAUGAUGAACAAAGAGGAAAGGAGACACGUGGGAGCAGCUGUGAAACAGAGGAAGAUGGAAAUAAACUAACCUAUUGUGUGACUGACGUUCCCCCGUGGUACCUUUGUAUUUUUCUGGCCAUUCAGCAUUACCUGACAUCAUUCGGUGCCAUGACCUCCAUCCCCCUCAUUCUCUCGGAGGGGCUGUGCCUGCAGCACGACAGCCUGACCCAGAGUCAUCUCAUUAACACAAUUUUCUUCUCCAGUGGCCUGAUCACCCUGCUGCAGGUCACCUUCGGUGUCAGGCUUCCCAUCCUACAGGGGGGCACCUUUGCUUUGUUGACCCCUUCCAUGGCCAUGUUGUCCAUGCCAGAGUGGAAGUGCCCAGCUUGGACCCAGAACGCCAGUCUGGUCAACACCUCCUCACCUCUCUUCAUAGAAGUGUGGCAGACCCGCAUAAGAACACUGCAGGGCUCUAUCAUGGUGGCCUCUCUGCUCCAGAUCCUGAUCGGUUUCUCGGGCCUUAUCGGCUUCCUCAUGCGCUUCGUUGGCCCCUUAACCAUUGCCCCCACAGUCUCUCUCAUAGGCCUGUCGCUGUACGAUUCAGUCGGAGCCAAGGUCGGCAGCCACUGGGGCAUCUCUGCUAUGACCACGGUGCUGAUCAUCCUGUUCUCCCAGUACCUCCGUCGCAUACCGAUCCCUGUUCCUGCAUACAGCAGAGCCAAGAAACUGCACACCUCAAAGUUAUAUAUCUUCCAGAUAAUGCCUAUUCUGCUGGGCAUUGCGGUGUCAUGGUUUGUCUGCUACCUCCUCACCAUCUCUGACGUCCUACCAUCUGAUCCAGCCCAGUAUGGCCACCUGGCACGCACCGAUGUGAAGGGAGAUGUGCUGAACCAGGCUUCCUGGUUCACAAUACCUUAUCCCGGUCAGUGGGGCAUGCCAGCUGUGAGCCUGGCAGGUGUGUUUGGCAUGAUGGCUGGGAUAGUAUGCUCCAUGGUCGAGUCUGUGGGCGACUAUCACGCGUGUGCCAGGCUGUCAGGGGCCCCUCCUCCCCCCAAGCACGCCAUCAGCCGGGGCAUUGGUGUUGAAGGGCUCGGUAGUUUGUUGGCAGGGGCCUUUGGCACGGGCAACGGCACUACCUCAUUCAGUGAGAAUGUGGCUGCCCUGGGGAUCACUAAGGUGGGUAGCCGGACGGUGAUCCUGGUGAGUGGGGUUUUCAUGAUUUUGAUGGGGGUGCUGGGUAAAAUUGGAGCCAUCUUCGCCACCAUCCCCACCCCUGUGAUGGGAGGGAUGUUCCUGAUCAUGUUUGGAGUCAUAACUGCAGCAGGAAUUUCUAAUCUACAGUCCACAGACAUGAAUUCCUCCAGGAACAUAUUUGUUUUUGGUUUUUCCAUGUUUUCUGCACUCGUCAUUCCAAACUUCCUAAUGAAGAAUCCGGAUUUAUUACAAACAGGUGUUAAAGAGGUAGACCAAGUGUUACGUAUAUUAUUGACUACAAAUAUGUUCGUGGGAGGGGUUCUGGGCUUCUUUCUGGAUAACACAAUUCCUGGGACCAAACGUGAGCGUGGCCUCCUAGCCUGGGGUAAAGCAGAUCUUGAGGACUCUAUCUAUGCAGCGGGAACUGAAGGGGUGUAUGACCUCCCCUUUGGCAUAACCUCUCGCCUCUCGUCCCAACCUUGGGUUCGCUACGUCCCUUUCUGCCCAUGGGAGGGUAAUAGAUCCAACGACAGGUCGGAAGACGACAACACGCCACAGGGCCGGGGGAGUGAGCAACCGCUCAGAAGCACAGUGGUCACGGAUGAACUUGCUCUAUAAGGUGGUGUCAUAGAAGGGAUACAGCCACGAUAUUUAUGCAUGCUAUUAUCCUUUUCAAUAUGUCUUAUACAGAUGAUUAUACAAAUUGAAGGUCUCACUGACCUUAAAUUCUGCCUUAUUGUGCUCAUUACUUGCUUUUUAUCUGUGUAUCUAUUGCUAUUGUCUGUUACGGUGCAUCAGAUGGUGAAAGUAAAGUCCUAUCAGCCUUUCUCUUUCACAUGGCUGUUUCUAACAAGGGUCAAUCUGCAGAGGUAUUGUCUCGAGGCACUAGCCAUCACUGGUUGAUGUGUGAUAACAGUAAGUUUAUGUAUGUUUUCUGACCUACUUGUUGCAAAACUGCCAGCAGUGGGUUUAUUUUUUUAAUAAAGUGUAAACCAUGUUUUUCAGAAAUGAAAAUAUCUGCAUGUGAACUGGAGCUCCCACAUUCUGUCAACACCAAUUAAAAGAGAACAACUAAACAA